AUGGACUGGAGCUCGGUACUCAAUAUCACCAGCACCACCAAUUCGCCAGAAGCAUCACCGACGGUCAACUACUUCUCUGAGUUCGACACCACAAGUGGAAUUCCGAACAAGACUAUUGGAAAUCUUACCCUCGAGUGCAAAACUGAGCUCAGCGACGGGGCACUCUUCGAAUUUAUCACUAAUGGGAUUCUAUUGAACCUGGUCGGUGUGUUUGGAUUGUUUGGGAACAUUAUCUCCAUGAUAAUAUUGUCGAGACCGCAAAUGAAAUCCUCGAUAAAUUAUCUCCUGAUUGGACUCGCCAGAUGUGAUACCAUUCUCAUUAUCACUGCGGUAUUGAUCCACGGAUUACCAGCUAUUUACUCAUACACCGGGUUACUUUUCGACUACAAAUUCAAGACUUAUCCACACAUCGUGAGAUACUUGUACCCGCUUUCCUGUAUGGCUCAGAUGGUUACCGUUUAUUUGACGCUGACGGUGACAAUAGAGCGUUACGUAGCAGUCUGUCAUCCACUUAAAGCUCGCUCUUUUUGCACCUACGGGCGAGCCAGACUUGCGGUACUUUGCAUCGUCAUUGUCUCCACUAUUUACAAUUUGCCCAAAUUUUGGGAAGUUAAUCUAGAGGAAGAAAUUCACUGGAGAUACAACGUUACGAUAUACUGCGUCGGGCCAGCUAUUUUGAGAUCCAAUGAUUUAUAUAUAUCGAUAUACGUUAACUGGAUGUACUUUUUUUUUUACUACGCUUUACCUUUUGUGCUGCUGGUUGUCUUCAACGUCGCUAUUUAUCGAAGAGUAAGAAAAGCAAACCGAGAUCUCCAACAGCUCUCCAGACACCAAAGACGAGAGAUAAAUCUAGCGACAAUGCUGCUGUGCGUGGUUAUCGUAUUUAUCGUUUGUAAUGUACUUCCUUUGGUGUCAAAUGUCUUCGAGAUGUUUCAAGUGCCACCGGUCUGGUUGGUUCAAGCCGGUAAUCUUCUUGUGACGAUCAACAGCAGCAUAAAUUUUAUAGUCUACGUAAUAUUCGGCAGAAAUUUCAAAAGACUCUUUAUCAGGCUCUUUUGUAGCUCAAGAUUCUUCAGAGCCGGCCGAGAUAGUCCGGAGUUUCAGACUAAUGACGAGUCUGUGGUGACUAAUAUGACAAAUAUCGAGCUGAAAAACUCAAUCAGAAGGAAUCAUUUUCAAAGAUCAAACACUACUGUCGUCAGAGCCAAUAAUUUACACACAAAUGGCAGCAGUAGGAGGCAGAGCGUUAAAAUUCUUACGACGCGAGCUUCUAAUCCCGGUCCGUGUGUUUAUUAUCCAGCACCUGCGAGCUCCAGUCCGGUUGCUAAUCAGCAUCAAGGAUCCAGGAACCAUAAUCUUUAA